CGUUAAGUGACAAAGCCUGGCCUGUGCUUCUCUGCUUUGCAGCUUCCGACGCUUGUGUUCAUCACUAACUCGUGAAAUGAAACCUGAAUUGAAAAAGAAGCCACACAUCAUUGAGAAACGUGGAAAGAGAUCCUCUUGUAUUUCACGUUUACAUCUACAAGAUAGGACUCAUACUAGAGCGAAAUCACAUGUAUGCAGACAGUGUGGAAAGAAACUUUCUAGCUUGUCUAGCCUCAACGCACACAUGGUAGAACACAAUGGUGAAAAGCCAUAUGAAUGCAGUGAGUGUGGAAAGAAGUUUGCGCGAUCUGGUCAUCUAAGAGAUCAUAUAAGGAUACACACAGGAGAAAGGCCAUAUGAAUGCAGUGAGUGUGGAAAGAGGUUUGCUCAAUUUGGUGGUCUAAGACAUCAUAUGAGAAUACAUACAGGAGAAAGGCCAUAUGAAUGCAGUGAGUGUGGAAAGAAGUUUGCUCGAUCUGGUGAUCUAAGAGUUCAUAUGAGAAUACACACAGGAGAAAGGCCAUAUGAAUGCAGUGAGUGUGGAAAGAAGUUUACUCGAUCUGGUGAUCUAAGAGUUCAUAUGAGAAUGCACACAGGAGAAAGGCCAUAUGAAUGCAGUGAUUGUGGAAAGAAGUUUGCUCGAUCUGGUGAUCUAAAAGAUCACAUGAGAAUACACACAGGAGGAAAGCCAUAUAUAUGCAGUGAGUGUGGAAAGAAGUUUGCUGAAUUUGGUAGUCUAGGUAUUCAUUUCAGAUCUCAUCGAAGAGACAAGAAAUAUUAUUGUGAAUGUUGUGGAGAGGGGUUUGACUUUUCCGCAGGAGUUAGAAGACACCAGAAAGUUCACACACGAGAAGACACGAUUGCAAAGAAGUCUAUAGAAUUGAUAUCAUCUGCAAGCACGUCUCAAUCCAACUGCAGUAGUACUCAUUUAUCUGCUCAAACUUCUGCAAUAUUUAGUGAUAGAAGCUUAUUCGCAUUUCUAUAUCUUCCUGCCAACCGAGUUCGCAGUUCAUCUGCUGUUUUCUCUAUGUUCCACCAUCCCAAUAUAGCUGUGACAUAUGGUGUGACCGAGUCUACUGGUAGCGACAUGUUGGUAAUUGAGAAAGUUUUAAUGCCUUUAUCUUAUUUGCUUGCUGAUUCGAAAGCAAAUGAUGAAGUGAAUGUACGAGAGAGAGUCAAUAUUUCUUAUGGCAUUGUCAGUGCAGUAGAUUAUCUCCAUUAUCAACUGGGACUCAAUCACGGUUACAUCAACAUCCACAAUGUAUUUCUCACAGUUCGACUGUGUGCCAAACUGUUAGAUCCAGUGGCAUCUUGUCUCAUGCAUGAUAAGACAUGUCAACCUGUUGAGUCAUAUGAUGAUGAUCUGCAUCAACUGAUCUGUCUCCUCAUCAAGUUGUAUGACUCAUAUUCACAAUUUUCAUCUGUUUGUCGUCGUUUAUCCAACAUGAUCAGUCGUGAUGAGAAUAAGUCAAGGGAAAUGUUUGUGUCUACGACGGAUCUGCUUGCGUUAAUUGAUGAAUUGAGACACACUAGAGAAUACACCUGUGGCUCACGCAGACUUGAAAUAUCAUGGAAAACUAGGGUUUGUUGAAUUGAGUUCGUUUUUGUUGUAUGUGAUAAGAUUGACUGUUGACUGGUUGUGUUUGAAGUCGAAGCUUAGUAAUACAUUGUUGGAAGACAUUGUUUGCGUCUGAAUUACCAAACGUUGGUAGAGGAUACUGAUAGAGUAUAUUGUGUAUUUUAUGUUCCUGCUUUAAUUAUAUGUUCCUGGUAUAAACG